AUCAGCUCCUAGGUGGCACUGUACACACUUCAUAAAGCGCAGCCAAGUCAGUGAUCACGUGACGCUGGAUGGCAGACGAAGAAAGGUUCGGUGAAUUAGCAGAGAUCAACCUGUCUCAGUAUGGUGGCCGCUGGGGGCGGAGCCCAGGUGGGGGCAGCGUCAGUGUCAUCAACAGCCCUCACCACCACCACAACUCCACGUCACGCUUCUCAUCACAACCCCCUCACCAGCCCUCCCAUCGAGCCGGCAGCUACGAGGCCGAGGACAUCAUGUAUUCCCGGGGAGGAGGUUCGUCCCGGGGCCGUUCGGGCCUCUACUAUUCACCACCCGGUACUUCAUACAUCAUCGAGGAGUCCUCCACCGCCGCACCUACGCCGGGAAAGCACCCGCGGGGCACCUACCUAGGUUCCUCCACCACAUUCAGCAAACCCCUUACGAACCACCACCAUCACCAUCAUCAUCAUGUCGGUUCUAACGGAAAGAAGCGGCCCAUCUCACCGGAACAGGUACUCAGAUAUUUUGGGGCUGGGGGCGGCGGCAGUGCGAGCAACAAGAUGACACACCACGCAGGGGGUGGGAGGCGGAGCGCUGUAUCCAGUCCGGCGAAUAGUCCCCAGCAGCACCACCAUAAUCUCAACAUGCACCAGGAUUUGGUGGUGCGGACCGUCAACAUGGUUCGGCCUCCCGAGUCUUCACAUGGCUUCGGCAUCUGCGUCAAGGGCGGAAAGGACUCGGAUGCCGAAGGAGUAGGUGUGUACAUCUCGAGGGUGGAGGAGGGCAGCGUGGCGGAACGCGUAGGGCUGCGACCUGGCGAUACGAUUCUCGAAGUCAACGGAACGCCUUUCUCUACCAUCUCCCACGAGGAAGCACUGAAGAUGCUCAAGUCAUGUCGCAAGCUGAGCAUGACGGUCAAGAGUCCGAACCUUCAUCUACAGCCACCUCCCGAUCGGCCCUCUUCUCACCAGGGAGGACCAUGGAUCCUACGUCAGACUUACUCUUGGAUGGACCGCCAGGGACGUCCUGUUUCGCCUCCCCUCGAGUAUGCUCAAGCGACGCCUCCCGUCGUGGUAGCUGCACCCCCUCCCCCGCCUGCACCCCGCUACUACUCCCGAAGCAACAAAGAGAAAGGUGCCACCCGCAAGGUGGAGUUGAGCAUAGAGCCAGGUCAGAGCCUGGGCCUGAUGAUCCGCGGUGGCGUGGAGUACAAUCUGGGGAUCUUCAUCACCGGCGUCGACAAAGACUCAGUGGCGGACCGUGCCGGCCUCAUGAUCGGCGACCAGAUCCUGGAGGUGAACGGGCAGUCGUUCCUGGACGUGACCCACGACGAGGCUGUGAACCAGCUCAAGUUCCACAAGCGGAUGACUGUUACAGUUCGCGACGUGGGCAAGGUCCCUCACUCCUGCACAGCGUACGAUGACCUGCAACCCUGGGAAUCGCAUAGCCCGGGCCGCGGCACGCGGAAGCCUCGGUCACCUGCGCUACAGAUGGUCGAAGAGAAGGCGAGGGUCGUAUUGAAGAAGAGCGAGUUUACCACUCUGGCCUACUACCAGGAAGAAUACGCAGCUAGACAAAUGACAAUAGAGGCCUUCGUGGCGGUGCUGCUGGAACUGCUCAACACGCCCGAGAAGUACACCUUGUUGACGGAGCUGCGGGAAGUGGUUCUGCCAGAAGAUCGAGCCCGGUUCGACGAGCUGGUGUACCGGCGCGAGGCAGAGGGACAGAGAUGUCGGGAGUUCCGGGAUAUGCUGGAUCAGAGAGAGCAGGAGCGACAAGGUCAUUCUGUCUCCAGGUUGCAGAGGAAGGGAGCCGGGGUGCUGCCAGGGAGUGACAACAAACACGCGCUGCUUCUAUCUAAUAUCCACGACAUCCCAGGACCG